ACAAACCUAAGUUUGCGAAACGACUCGACAACACUUCAAUGAGUAGAGCUCCAUUUUAGGCUCAAAAGAUUAUCGUUUGCAGGUUAAGGAAGAAAUAGUAAAAUUUGACCGACUCAAGCACAACCAGUCCUAAUCUAGACCAAACAGGUAAAACCCUAAUUCCCAUCUAUAUUUUCAUUUCGCCUAAAAAAAUGCAAUCUCUACGAAGAUUAGCAACUCUCACUGCAAAAAGAUCCAAACCACCAACCAAUUCCAAAUACUAUUUAUCAACCAAACCCACAAAAAAUGGGGACGACGAGUGGAACGAUGCCUGGGAAACCGCCUGGUUACCAGAGACUCUCACCCCAAAAAACAGAGACCCGUGGGAAACCGACGUUAAUUUCUCAGCAACCACGGCGGACUCUAAUCUAGUUCUUUCGCCGGAGGUAGAUACCGAGACUAAAAUUUUUGUUGAGGAAAUGAAUGAGAAUUGGAAUGAGAGAAGAAAAACGACAAAAAACAAAGAUAAUGUGAAGCAGAAGGAGAGUAGUGAGCUGUAUAGUUUGGAGAAUUUGAAGAAGGAUUAUAGAUUGAAGAAGCAGAGAAUUCAUGCUGGGUUGUGGGUUAAAGAGAUUGAAAAGCAGCAUGAAGCUAAAUUGGGGGGUUCUUCUACUGGUGAUGAAAUUGAUAGAUUGCUUGACAGUUGUUCUGAUAUAUUUGAUGCUGCUAAUAAUGAUUUGGAUAACUCGAGAGUGCCAAUCUCUUCCGAGUUUAAAAGCAAGCCUGACGGUUGGGAAACAACAUCUAAGGCACAAGAUGGGAAUAUAUGGGAGAUGUCACAAAGGGAAGAGGACAUUCUCCUCCAAGAAUUUGAUCGUCGAAUUGCAUACAGCAAAUUCCAGAUAGCUAGUUUUAUCAAGAGUCACAUAUUUAGCCGCAGGAGACCCAUAGAUGGGUGGAAAUACAUGAUAGAGGAGUUGGGGCCUAAUGCCAGGAGAGGAAAGGGCAGCGUUUCAAGGAUACAGAGUCUCUCAGACCCAGCAACUCAGCCAUUCAAGGAGGAGAGGUCAGCAGCCACCGGCAAUUUUAUGCCCCCAAAGCGGAGACAGUUCACUUCUUAAGUCUGACAACAUCGGACUUCAUUAUUUUGUAAUUACGUGCUUUAGAAUUCACCUUGUUAGGUAGGUUGGCAAUGCAUGUUGUAGCAGUUCUCUUCAGUUGAUAUUUAUGUAGCCCUAAAUUUUCCAUUCAUAAAUCAAUCAUUCAAUCCCUGUUAUAAUA